CUUCCUGCACUUGCUGAGCUUGCCACAGAAAUGACUGCUGUCCACGCAGGCAACAUAAACGUCAAAUGGGACCCCAAAAGUCUAGAGAUCAGGACUCUGGCAGUUGAAAGACUGUUGGAGCCUCUUGUUACCCAGGUUACAACCCUGGUAAGUACCAAUAGGAAGGGGCCCUCUAAUAAGAAGUGAGGUCGUUCUAAGAAGGCCCAUGUUUUGGCUGCAUCUGUUGAACAAGCAACUGAGAAUUUCUUGGAGAACAGGGAUAAAAUUGCAAAGGAGAGUCAGUUUCUCAAGGAGGAGCUGGCUGCCGUAGAAGAUGUUCGAAAACAAAGUGAUUUGAUGAAGAGUGCUGCUGGAGAGUUUGUAGAUGGUCCCUUUUCUUCCAUGGAGCGUGGCAACCUGGUUUGGGCAGCUCGAGCUUUGCUCUCUGUUGUUACCCGGCUGCUUAUUUUGGUUGACAUGACAGAUGUCUACACAUUACUUGUUCAGCUGAAAGUUGUAGAAGACAGUAUCUUGAAACUGAGGAAUGCUGGCACUGAACAGGACUUGGGAAUACAGUAUAAGGCCCUGAAACCUGAAGUGGAUAAGCUGAACAUCAUGGCAGCCAAAAGACAACAGGAACGGAAAGACAUGGGCCAUCAUGAUCAGAUGGCUGCAGCCAGAGGAACCCUGCAGAAAAACGUUCCAAUCCUCUAUACUGCAUCCCAGGCCUGCCUACAGCACCCUGAUGUCGCAGCCUAUAAGGCCAACGGAGACCUGAUAUACAAGCAGCUGCAGCAGGUGGUCACAGGCAUUUCUAGUGCAGCCCAGGCUACUGCAUCAGCUGAGGCGUCCCCGCACCAGGGUGGAGGAGGAGGAGAACUGGCAUAUGCCCUCAAUAACUUUGAUAAACAAAUCAUUGUGGACCGCUUGAGCUUCCACAAGGAGUGCUUUAGGCCUUCCCUGGAGGAGAGCCUGGAAAGCAUCAUUAGUGGGGCUGCUCUGAUGGCUGAUUCAUCCUGCACACGUGAUGACCGGCAUGAGAGAAUCGUGGCAGAGUGUAAUGCUGUCCGUCAGGCCUUGCAGGGCCUGCUCUCAGAGUUCAUGGGCAACGCUGGGCAUAAAGAAAGAAGUGAUGCACUCAAUUCUGCAAUAGAUAAAAUGACCAAGAAGACCAGGGACUUGCAUAGGCAGCUCCGCAAAGCUGUCAUGGACCAUGUUUCAGAAUCAUUUCUGGAAACCAGCGUUCCACUUUUAGCAUUGAUUGAAGCUGCAAAGAAUGGAAAUGAGAAAGAGGUUAAAGAAUAUGCCCAAGUUUUCAGUGAACAUGCCAACAAAUUAACCGAGUUUGCCAACUUGGCCUGUUCCAUCUCAAACAAUGAAGAAGGUGUAAAGCUUGUUUGAAUGUCUGCAAGCCAGCUAGAAGCCCUCUGUCCUCAGGUUAUCAAUGCUGCAUUGGCUUUAGCAGCAAAACCACAGAGUAAACUGGCCCAAGAGAACAUGGAUCCUUUUAAAGAACGGUGGGAAAAACAAGUCCGAGUUCUCACAGAUGCUGUCAAUGACAUUACUUCCAUUGAUGACUUCUUGGCUGUCUCAGAGAAUCACAUAUUGGAAGACAUGAACAAAUGCAUCAUUGCUCUCCAAGAGAAAGAUGUGGAUGGGCUGGACCGCACAGCUGGUGCAAUUAGAGGCCGAGCUGCUCGGGUCAUUCACGUGGUCACCUCAGAGGUGGACAACUAUGAGCCAGGGGUCUACACAGAGAAGGUGCUGGAAGCCACCAAACUCCUCUCCAGCACAGUCAUGCCACAUUCUACUGAGCGUGAAGCGGCCAUGGAAGCCCUCAGCUCGGACCUGGCCCAGCCCAUGGAUGAGAACGAGUUUAUUGACGCCUCACGCCUGGUGUACGACGGCAUCCGGGACAUCAGGAAAGCGGUGUUGAUGAUAAGGACCCCCGAGGAGCUGGAUGACUUGGGCUUCGAGAUGGAAGACUUCGAUGUCAGAAGCAGGGCAAGCGUCCAGACAGAAGACGAUCAGCUGAUAGCUGGCCAGAGUGCCCGGGCGGUCAUGGCUCUGCUUCCCCAGGAGCAAAAAGCAAAGAUUGUGGAACAGGUGGCCAGCUUCCAGGAAGCAAAGAGCAAGCUGGAUGCCGAAGUGUCCAAGUGGGACGACAGUGGUAAUGGCAUCAUCGUGCUGGCCAAGCAGAUGUGCAUGAUCAUGAUGGAGAUGACGGACUUUACCCGAGGUAAAGGACCGCUCAAAAACACAUCAGGUGUGAUCAGUCCCGCCAAGAAAAUUGCUGAGGCGGGAUCCCGGAUGGAUAAGCGUGGCCGUACCGUCGCAGACCAUUGCCCAGACCCAGCCUGCAAGCAGGACCUGCCGGCCUACCUGCAGUGCAUCGCCCUCUACUGCCACCGGCUCAACAUCUGCAGCAAAGUCCAGGCUGAGGUGCAGAGCCUCGGCGGGGAGCUGGUCGUCUCCGGGGUGGACAGCGCCGUGUCCCUGAUCCAAGCCGCUAAGAACUUGAAGAACGCUGUGGUGCAGACAGUGAAGGCAUCCUACGCGGCCUCCACCAAAUACCAGAAGUCCCAGGGGAUGGCUUCCCAUAAGCUCCUUGCUGUGUCGUGGAAGAUGAAGGUGCCUGAGAAAAAGCCCUUGGAGAAGAGAGAGACACAGGAUGAGACACAGACCAAGAUUAAGAGGGCAAGUCAGAAGAAGCACGUGAACCCUGUGCAGGCCCUCAGUGAGUUCAAAGCCAUGUUCAGCAUCUAA